AACAGAAGAGAAUAGAACACGACGUUGAUAGCAUCCAGUUGUCAACGAGCGCGGAGACUGAAUAGAACAGAUCUGAGAAGAAAAGCUCAGAUCAGAGCAAUUCUGAGAAGAAUUGAAAAGUGAAGAGAAUUCGACAGAAUAAUUAAUAUUUAAAAAAUAAUACAUAUAACAACACAAAAAAUAUAAUAAAUAUAAUAAAAAUCAAUUAAAACUCAAUCAAAAAAAUAUAAAUAAAAUUCGAAAAAACUUCAACAUGUCUAGCUUCAAAAUUCUCUUCCUAACUGCCUUUGUUGUGGGUAUUUUGGCAAUGCAUGGGGGCGUGGCAGGGGCGAAAAAGAAGGCGCCCAAAUCGGACUGUCCACAGAUGAAAUUGAAGCGACAGUGGGGCGGUAAGCCCGCUUCAGCGCUCAAUUAUCAGCUGCGUCCCAUACGAUUCGUCGUCAUCCAUCACACGGUGACCAGCGAGUGCUCGGCAUUUGUGCAAUGUGCGGAGAUUCUACAGAAUGUACAGAAUUAUCAUCAGUCGCAGCUGGAUUUCGAUGACAUCGGCUACAACUUUCUUAUUGGAAAUGAUGGCGUCGUUUAUGAGGGCACGGGGUGGGGGGUUCGAGGUGCACACACUUAUGGCUAUAAUGCCAACGGCACUGGAAUUGCCUUCAUUGGGACUUACACGGAUCAUCUCCCGUCGAAUGCCGCGUUGAGUGCCUGUAAAAAGCUGUUGGCUUGCGGAGUCGCCCAAGGGGAAUUGACCGAGGAUUAUGGUUUGAUUGCCGGCUCACAGGUGAUAGAUACACAGAGUCCAGGCUUGACCCUGUACAAUGAGAUUCAAGAGUGGUCGCAUUGGCUGUCCAAUCCCUAAAAUACCCGCAAAUACCGUUUAAAAUUUCCCAAUAUCAUCAUUUUACGUUAUAAAAUUACAUUUUUUUUUCCCUUAAUGAUCCAAGCAAUAAAUAUUAAAUUACCAUUUUUUUUAA